GAGCCUGGCCCAGCUGGUAACCCAGGUCCAAAAGGAAAUAAAGGAGAAAACGGCAGCCCAGGACUCCCUGGUUUUGUAGGACCCCGAGGACCACCUGGAGAACCAGGAGAGAAAGGUCCUCCAGGAAAAGAGGGCGUACCAGGGAAACCAGGUGAAAUUGGCUCCAGAGGAGAGAGGGGACAGCCUGGCAUCAAGGGUGAAAAAGGCUCUCCGGGAGAAAAGGGCCCUCCAGGUGAUCCAGGAAUACCUGGUCAUAAAGGCCAUCCGGGACUGAUGGGUCCUCAUGGACCUCCAGGAGACAAUGGACAAGUUGGACCUCCAGGUCCCCCAGGACAGCCAGGAUUUCCUGGACCACGGGGAGAGCCGCCGUCUCUGGAGACUUUGAGGAGGCUAAUCCAAGAGGAGUUAGCAAAGCAGCUAGAUGCAAAAUUAGCCUAUCUCUUGGCUGAAAUGCAGCCUGCACAUGUAAAAGCAUCCCAUGGCAGACCAGGACCUCCAGGUCCCCCUGGAAAGGAAGGACUCCCAGGAAGAGCUGGUCCUCCAGGAGAGCCUGGCCGGCCUGGACAGACUGGGUCUGAAGGGCCGCCUGGACCGAUUGGUCCCAAAGGAGAAAGAGGAGUGAAGGGUGAGAAAGGAGAUACUGGUGUUGGUCAACGAGGGGAAAUUGGUCCUCCAGGAAUUCCAGGCCUCCCAGGGGAGCCUGGCUAUGCCAAAGAUGGGAUGCCAGGACCACCUGGCCCUCAAGGUGAAGCUGGUUUGCCUGGUCUCAUGGGCCCACAGGGACCUCCAGGAGCCAAUGGACAGUGUGACCCUUCUCAGUGUGCCUACUAUGCAAGCCUGGCUGCCAGGCCUGGCAAUGUCAAAGGGCCCUAGUGUGUGGGCUGUAUCCCCAGACUUGUUUUUAAAACUUGAAUUCAACAAACCUGCUAAGAGCUGUCAGAUAUCUUUGUCUUCCUUGGGAGGUCUUCUAGGCGAUUAAAGCCAACAAAUGCUGCCGGUCGGUCAAAUUAUUUUUAUUAUAAUUAUUAUUAUCUUUGAUGUGACAUGUGGCUUUGUUUUUGUUUUCUCUAACAUCAGGGCAUAUUAAAACAUUAAAAAU